AUGUUGUAUUUACUUUUAAACAUAGCUUUUGCAAAUAUACUAGAUAAUGUUUUUGCUAACUUUGAUGCCCCAUAUGUCCACAUCCCAAAUGAUUUUCAUGUUGUUUUUGCCACAUAAAGAACCAGUAGUCCAAAUACAUUGAGUGUAGAUUAUUCUACAAAAUUGGCAAGUUCUCACAUUAUAUUAUCAGUCGACAAAAUUGGAGAAGUCGCCAAUGCUUACAUCAAUCUUACUACAAAUAAGGUAUACUUAAAUUAUUAUCAUUCAUUUCCACCUCAACUGAAAUGUUAAAUAUUCAAUGGUCCAAACCUUUCCAAUAAAUUAUAGCUGCAAUCUGGAAAUAAUGCAUUUAUCUUGGAGCCUGAUGUUGUCUUCCAUUUGAUGAGUCUCUAUAUGGGAACUGGAGACGAUGACCUAGCAAGAUUUGAAUUAAGCUCACUUUUAUAAGGAAAAAACAAAGCAUAUGCAUUAUUUGAUAAAUAAGGAAAUCUAGAUUCUAUAGAAAUAGAUUUGGAAAAUAAGAGAUAAAUCAAAUUCUAUGUAAUCGAAGACUUAGUGGAAAAGAAGUUUGUUAAAGAGGAAUUCCAAGUGCCUUGGGAUUGUUAAGAAUCAGAUGUAAAUUUGAGUGAGAUUAUUGAAAAAUUGAUGUUAUUAUUAAAGUGAAAU